CACCGCAGUGCAGGAAAGACGGUCGGAUCGCGAGGAGGUGGCGGUGAAGGAUGAGGAAGGCGGUACGUCACUCACUCUCACCAAAAAGAAGAAGAAAAAGAAUUAACCAAAAGCAUUAAACUGCUCAUACAGGCAGUGCUUGCUAGAAAAGAGAAGGUUUAAAUCGGAACGUACUUUCGUGUGACGACGUCAAGUCUUCUUGUACUCUUGUGGAGAUCUCGAUGGCGAAAUACACGUUUUGGUUAACAUUUUUUGCCUUUCUGGCAAUUGGCGUCUCCUUGAGUUUGGCAUUCAGCGACGGGAAGCUCCUGGCAAGAGGUACUUCUGGUGUGAGAAGUGUAUACUGCAACAGGCCUGCCUUUAAACGCCAACCUCUGCACUUCGACUCUGCCUGCAAGGGUUUAUGCCGGCCCAAACUGGACAAUGACAAUCAGUUCUUUUCUCUGAUCGUCAACGCCAGCACGUACUGGCUGGACAGCGUGGUUGUGGAAAUCAAAGCAACCCCCCAAUCUGGGCUUUCGGUGACCGGUUUCUCAGCCUACGCCGUCGACCAACACGGGGAAGUGGCCGGAAGCUUUGAGGAGAACGAGCCCCACGUCAUAGUGGGUACAUGCAGUGAGGUUGUCACUUACUCCUCGGAGACCCAUGGCGCAUUUCACUGGAAGGCAGACAAGAACCGAAAGUCUGUCCUCCUAAAAUGGCUCCCUGAUGGAUACAAUCAUGGACCAGUGAGAAUUAUCGCAUGGGUGGUUCACAAUCAUUCAGAAGUGUAUUUCCUUGAAUCGCAACCCCUGGAGUGCAGUAGAAAUGGUUCUUUCACCCUGAACCUGGCAAAUGUGCUGGAAGACGUUUCCAACGAGAUCGACCUGGAACUUUUCGAAAAAUCUUUCUGGUACCGAAACAACAGAGGCUACCAGCUUCAGCAAGAAGACCCCUUCGACAGCUUCAACAUCCCUCCGUCAACGGGUGCUCUCGUGCCCGCAGCGAAGGCAAACAAUCUCAGAAAAGAGUUUCCACCUCUGAAAAAUCAUGGUGACAUGAGGCCGAACGACUUCGUUAACCUCCAAAAUGAGGUCACGUCUGCAAUUUCCGAGGGAGUUUCUUUGGAUUCUGGAGAAAGCGAUGUGAAUGUAGUUCCUAACGAGGAGAUUUCGAAGGAUAGGAAUGGAAGUUCCAUAGUUCAACAGAUAGUGGAGAACAGCUCUGCGCUUCUUUCUUCGUCCGCGACUCCUCAUGGAGCAGAAGGCCAAACCGAACAAACAAACAGUUCGAGCGGAAAUUCAAAUACCGGUGAAAAUGGAGGAGGAGAGUUGUUAACGGGAAGUUCGAUAGCAAGCUCAAUCAGUAGCGUUGACAGUAAUAAUAAUAAUACUACUACUACUGUAUCCGAGAGCGACAUAGGGAAGAACGCGAGUGAAGUGGAUGGUUUUGAGAAAAGUACGAACGACACAAGAGGAAGUGAUACCCUUGUUUCUCACGCGGACAUACCAAAGCCACAUGAAAGUAACAACAAUAACACCGAGACCUCUGCGACUUCUGUUUCCGGAGGAAAUACGGCGUCUUUAUCAUCUGGAGAUGACGUAAGCAGACAGUUACAUCUUGGUGUCUCGGCGGAAAAUGUUGGAAACCUUCCCAGUGACAACAUGAUUAUUGAGGAUAAAAGUAUCAAGAAUUCAGACGCAAACUUGAACGAUAAUUAUUUCCCGAGUUCUGACGAACUCAUGGAUAAUUUCCCGGUUAUGGAAGGUCUUUUUCGAUGAAAAUUGUAUUGUUUUGAAAAAUACUAGUAGAAGAGGAUGUACUUAUAUAAUA